GUUGCUGAUGUGGCUGUGAUAUUUUGUUUGUCACAGUGAACAGCAGCUUCUAUUGAGCGUGCGAGCUCAUCGCUUACUAGGUGCCCUCCGAGUGCCCGCACGGACGGAACUAGCAAAACAUUAUGAACUCUUAACGUAGUAGCUACGACCUGGCUCGCUGGGGCGAGCUAGUCGAGCGGCAGGCAGAAUGCCACUUUACCACAGCUUCGUUGUGUGCGUAGUCGUUUUGUUACAAAGCGUACUGCUGAAGGCAACAGCUCUGCAGUGCAUCAGCGGGACCUGGAGCUCGUCGCUGCAGAGCUGUGUGCUGGAGGGCGUUCUCUCCAGCCGAAGAGCAGUGGGCUAUGUGCUUGCCACUCCUGCGCAGCUAGGACCAAAUGAUGUGCUGAAGGUGCACGUCCGCGGCGUGGGGCCGCGCCUCACAGCUAGCCUCCUGGUGGGCCGCGGCCGGCGCAACUCCAGCAGUGAGUACCGGCGCAUAGACGCCAGCGAGCUGGUAUUCGGGCUGGCGGCGGCAGAGCUGGGCGGAAACAACGUCACCGUGUACCUGGAGAACUACUCGCUGCUGGGUCUCCAGUUCACGGUGCUGGCGCACGUGCACCGGCCAGACGCGCUGCUGGGCGCGCGCGACUCGCGGCUGCUGGCGGAGCUGGGGGCGCAGUGCUGCCGCCCGCGCAGUGUGGGGCUGUGGUGCACCAGGCUUAACAUGCUGGGCGCGGCGCUCAACGUCGCGCGGCCGGGCCACACCGCUCCCCCCGUCGGCACGCGGGGCCCCGACGUGUGCAGCUACCCGGAGGUACUGUGCUCGCAGCCCACGGGGCCGGCGAUGGGGCCCGGCGCGGCGGCGGCGGCCUCGCUUUUGAAGCUGUGGAUGCCGGGGGCUCUGGACUGCGACGGCAGCUGGAGUGCGCUGGCGGGGCUGGCGGGCGCUACCUCGCUGGCGUGGCUGGACGCGUCACUCAGCGCGCUGGAGUUCCCGCUGUCCUCGCUGUCGCCGCUGCUGGCCUCGCCGGCCCUGUCGCACGUGGUGCUCACCGACUCCAGCCUCACCGGGCUGCUAUCGUAUGGCAACAGCAGUAGCAGUAGCUACAACAGCAGUAGCGACAACAGCAGCGACGGCAGCGGCGGCAGUAGCAGUAGCAGCGGCGGCAGUAGCAAUGACACCUCGGCCGGCAGCAGUGGGGCCGCGCAGCCGCCAUGGGCGGGCUCCUGCGGGGCGCUCGCUCCUCCGGGUCGGCGGCUGCUGGCGCUGUCGGGCAACGACCUGACCGGCGCGGUGCCGGACUGCCUGGCGGCGCACGCGGGGCUGCAGGAGCUGCAGCUGGCUAUGAACCUGGCGCUCACAUCGCUGCCCGGCAACUGGUCCGGCGCGACCUCGCUCCGGCACCUGGACGUCUCGGGCUCACCCGCCCUGCGCGGCCCGCUCACCUCCCUUCCACCCGGGCUGGUGCACCUAAACGCCUCCGGGACUAGCCUAGGAGGCGGCAUCCCAGCGCUGCCGCCCACGCUGUACACGCUAGACAUGCUAGAGGCAGGCCUGGUGGGUGGGAUAGCCGGCGCGGUGCCGCCUCCGGCGCCACCGCCCGGCCUGCCGGCUGUCGCGUCGCCGGCGGCGCUUGAGCCGCCGUCGUUGUCGGUAACCGGCGGCGGCGGCGGCAGCAGCACUGGCAGCGGGAGCGGCAGUGGCGGGGAUGUGGUCGGAGGGGUUGUGGACGGGGGCGGCGGCAGUAUGCGCGGCUGGUCGGACUGCGCCAACCUGACGUAUGUGGAUGUGGGCAGCAACGUGCUGCGUGGCGGCGUGCCAGACCUGCCUGACUCCGUGCUGGUGCUGUACUUGGACAACAACGCGCUGAGCGGGCCGCUGCCCGCGCCGCUGCCGCCCGGCCUCAUCAUCCUCAACGCCUCCGCCAACGCGCUGUCCGGCCCGCUGCCGCGCACGCAGCUGGACGCGCUGCGCUUCCUGGACCUCAGCCGCAACCGCUUCUCGGGCGGCCUGCCCUCCUCGCUGGCGAGCUCCAGUCAGCUCAUCUACCUCAAUGCCUCAUUCAACAAUGUCAGCGGCACACUUGUGCUGUUCGCGUUCAAGCUGCGCAGUACGCCCAACAGCCUGCAGGUCCUGGACCUGAGCCACAACUCGCUGUCGGGCUCCGUGCCCUCCUACCUGUCACAGCUGGCCGUGUUCAGUGUACAGGGAGCACUGCCCAGCUUCCCGCGCGUGCUGGAUCUCAGUUACAACCGGUUGUCAGGCUCGGUGCCGGACUUCGUCUUCAGGCUGCUUCCGCCGGUGGUGUGGAGCUGCCGCUGCCUGCUGCUGCUGGCGCUGAGCGGCGGCGGCAACCAGCUGACCUGCCCCGCCAACGCGCCGGCGCUGGACUCCACCUCGCUCUACAUCCUGUGGCUGUAUCAGGUCAACUGCAUGGACGCCCAGACCAACAUCACCUACAACCUGGCGCAAUGGCUGACGCCCAGCUUCCAGCGCCUCACCCUGCCCGACGCCAGCGCCACCGCCGGCGGCGGCAACGCCAGCACCGGCGGUAGCUCCGGCUCCUCCGGCCGCUCGCCGGGCGCCGGCAGCGAUACGGGCGGCUAUUGUGACGGCAGCGACCCAGUCGCCGCCGCCUCGGCGCUGUGCACGUACGGCCGCAACCCGUUCGCUAGGGCGGGCCAGGGCGGUGUGCCGGAGGCCCUCAAGUCAUUUGGCUGGCAGCAGAUCCUGACCAUGACGACGGCGCCGGCCAGCGCGGACGGCAACAGCGUGCCAGUACAGCUGUCAAGCAGCAACUCCCGCUCGGACAUGCCCUGGCCCCUGGCGAACAUCCUGACCAUCGUGUUGGCGUCGCUCACCGCCGCCAUUGUGCUGCUCAUAGUCGUGUACCUGUGCGCGCGCUCCUGGGUGGUGCGCCGGGAGCGGGCGCGGCGGCGGGCGCGGCGGCGGGAGAUUCGCGCCGCGCGGCUGGCGGGCCAGCGGCAGGCGUUGUGGGCGGACCGCAUGGCGCAGAUGGAGCGGGAGGCGGCGCAGCAGGACGGUGGCGCAGUCCAGCCGGCCACGUUAGGAGCGGAGUCGGUGGUGGAUGCGGAUGCAGACGCCGCGGACGGCAGCGAUGCAUCGAUGCCCGGGGCGGACGGGGCGCGCGAUAGCAGUCGCAGCACGGCAGUUGUGGUGACGGCGACUGGGUCACGGCCACAUGCAGGGGCGGUAGAGCUGCAGUCGCGGCACGCGCGGGCGCCAGCAGGCGCGACCGCAGCAGCAGCGGCAGCAGCUGUACCGGACAAUGCGAGCGCAGCAGCUGCUGCGCAUGUCGCAGCAGGCGGUGGCGCCGGCGCAGCAGCGGUGGGCGUGUCCGCGCAGCAGCUCCAGGCCCGCGGUGGGGCGGUGCUGGUGGUAGCGCAGCCUGGUGUAGGGGAGGAAGCAGUGAACGGAGCAGUGCGUUCGGCUCAGCAAGGCGCGGGACUGGAGCAGGGUGACCUGACCUCGGUUGCGGCUUCUGCGGCAGCUGCGGUUGCUGCUGGUGUGGCAGCGACACCUGGGGGGUCAGACGACGCGUUGCGGUCCGAAGAGGUGAUGCUGCAGAUGCCCCCUGCCUCAACUUUCGCGGCGGCAGCAGGCGGGGGCGCGCACAGGGAGGUGGAGGCGCCGCCGAGCCUCAAUGCGGGGGCGCCAGCCACUGCCGCGCAGGACGACAGGCGCGCGCGCGCGCCUCCCCAGUAGCUCGCGCUCAAUGAACGCUGUCGGGUGGAGCACGUUGGCAACUACUGAGUCUGGCAUGAUUGUAUGUGAGCAGUGUGAGAGUGUCAAUGAGCGAGUGAGCGGCCCGAGAGUGAUACGGUAGUGCCAGCAAUUAAGAUUAGCCCAUGCUGCACGCUGAAGAGCUCAAAAUCGGUACUAGGAUGUGUCGAUGCAGGAUGUGUCAGAACUGAAAGCUAAUGCUGCUAAGCGCACCUGAAUUGUUGUGAAUCAUUACGCCGGGUUGGAGUUUGGGUCGUUCUCGGAAUGGCGGAAGUGGGUUACGCGGGCCAGGCCUCUUCAUGGGUGUGUUUGUGCUCCAUCUCAUGCGUCGCGGACAGGCAUGGCAAUGCAGCCCUGAUCACCUGAUGCAUGGCCCCACGAGUGCCGCAGUACGCAUCAUACCUGGCUCUGGCCGGCGUAAGGGCGGUGGGGGUGGGGGCUCGGGGGCUGGGCUGGCGGUGGCUUCGGACACAAGGCUUCGGACACAAGGACGUGUGGUUGCGCCGACCAGAGCACGCCUGCCGCCCUGGGCCACUGGCACUUUGUCCUUAUCGGAUGGUUGGGACCGCAGGGGAUCGCAUUCAUGUCUCGUUUCUGUGUUAGUCUGUUAGAUCUGCUGUCUGCAGUAGGUGAAAUCGGGGCUGCAGCGUCGCGCCGCGGGCGUCAGUUCCCAUUCUUUGUACGGGCGGCCCUGGGCGGUCUGCCCACGCGCCACGUUUGUGGUCUGCAUGUAUGCAUUGUGCAUUGAAUUGCACGUGCAAGGGAUGUAUGCUGAGUGUAUCACGAUCAAUCAAGAAGUGUGUAGAAGUGUGAAACAUUAGGGAGUACAGGAUUGCAUGUAUGCAUCAGGUUGACCCCACGUGCGGACACGUACGGUACACACGCCAGCCCGCCAGUCAUGUCCGGCUUGGUCAUUGGGCGCUCAAGCUCUUUGCAGCUUAUACCACCUACAAAAGAAAUCUGUAAUUGUAUACCGGUGCGGUAAUGGCGCAUUGGUGCGCGCAUCCUUCCCUGCCUUGGUCAUGUCUAGCGGUGCGUUUGAAAGGCCUGGAUACUAAGACAUCAGUGCACCCCCGAGGCCCCAACCCCCAGUACGGCACUUCGAGUGCAUCGCUGCCUCUAAAAGGGAAGUGGAGUGAAACGCUGGUUAAACUGCCUCGUCUGUCACCCAGGUAAUGAAGGAUUGUAACCUCCACGAGAGCCACGCUACUAGCCGCUGCCACCAGCAUGCUCCGUACCGCAUUCUGCCCAUGAACACCGGGAACCAUUGCUGCACGCCAUACAACGCAUUCCUUCGCAUAUCAAGUGGAGUUCGCCCGACG